AUGUACCAUAAGUUAAAUGAUACUAACAUAAAUAUAUCCUUUCCUACCCCGUUUAUCAUUUUUAUAACAGGUGAAAUUCCAUCAUUCAAAUUAAUUGAAACGAAAACUGUAUUCUCUUUCUUAGACAUCCAACCAACAUCUGAAGGUCAUGCCUUAAUUAUUCCAAAAUAUCAUGGUGCCAAAUUACACAACAUUCCAGAUGAACAUUUAGCAGAUAUUUUGCCAGUCACUAGAAAGUUGACUAAAGUAUUAGGAUUAGAUGAUGAUACUACGGGCUAUAACUUGUUACAAAACAAUGGUAAGAUUGCUCAUCAAGAAGUGGACCAUGUUCAUUUCCAUUUGAUCCCAAAGAGGGACGCGAAGACUGGGUUGGUCGUUGGAUGGCCAGCUCAAGAAACUGAUUUCGAUAAGUUGGGCAAGUACCAUAAGGAAUUAUUGAAGAAAUUAGAAGAUUUAGACUGA